AAACCUAAUAUCGUUACCCCACAUUUAUGCUGCUUCAUCUUUCACAUGCCACACUUUCAUCUUAAACCAACCAUUCCACUUCCACUAUCUAGCUAGAUAAAUCUUCUCUUUCUCUUUCUCUUUCUCUUUUCCUCUCUGUGUGAAUAAUAUCGUGCAUGUCCGCGACUAUGGUGCAGCAGCAGCAGCACCGCAGAGAGCAAGAGAAACGACCUCGGUUCUUCAUAAACGACAACAUUGACAUUCUCCGGGAAAUCCUUAAACGCCUCGACGGUCCCUCGCUGGGCGUGGCGGCGUGCGUGUGUCGGCUGUGGUGCAGCCUCACGCGCAACGACGACUCGCUGUGGGAGCACCUGUGCUUCCGCCACGUGUCGUCACCGCCGACGGCGUCGGUGAGGGCGGUGGUGGUGGCGCUGGGCGGGUACAAGCGGCUGUACAUGGUGUGCGUGAGACCGGUGCUGAGUCGACUCGGAAACUCGGAGCGGGUGAGGAAGCGAGUGUGGACUCGGCACGAGGUGCAGCUCUCGCUCUCCUUGUUUUGCAUUGACAGCUACGAGAGGCUCGAGAGUGGAAGGAUCCCCAGCGACGCGUCCGCAUCGUCCCUCAUGUUCCUCUGCAACACUGUCAACGUCUGAUCUCAUCAUCUCUAAUUUUUCCACCAUUUCUCAUUAUUCCUUUGAUAUCAUACAAAAAAGAAAAAAAAAAUCAAAUCUUGGUCCCUGCCCUGGCAGCCUUGCCCAGUCAUUGCUAUCAAAAUAAGAAGCACUGCCCUGGUAUUGAUUUGUCUACCAUACACCAAACUAAAAUAUCACCAAUUUGUUUGUUUAUUCUUAUCUCUUAAUUUUCUCAUAUUUUUGUUAUAUUAUAUUGUAAUAGAUUUUUUUUUUAUCAGUAGAUAUUAAUUGUUAUA